AUGGGGGAGGACGGGGAGGGCAGAGGAGGCCCGCUGUGCGCAGAGGAGGACCGGGCCUUUGAUCUCUGGACGUACAGGUGUCUGGCGGCUGUGCUCUCAGGACGUACAGGUGUCUGGCGGCUGUGCUCUCAGGACGUACAGGUGUCUGGCGGCUGUGCUCUCAGGACGUACAUGUGUCUGGCGGCUGUGCUCUCAGGACGUACAGGUGUCUGGCGGCUGUGCUCUCAGGACGUACAGGUGUUAACUGUGCUCUCAGAACGUACAGGUGUUAACUGUGCUCUCAGGACGUACAGGUGUCUGGCCGCUGUGCUCUCAAGACGUACAGGUGUCUGGCGGCUGUGCUCUCAGGACGUACAGGUGUCUGGCGGCUGUGCUCUCAGGACGUACAGGUGUCUGGCGGCUGUGCUCUCAGGACGUACAGGUGUCUGGCGGCUGUGCUCUCAGGACGUACAGGUGUCUGGCGGCUGUGCUCUCAGGACGUACAGGUGUCUGGUGGCUGUGCUCCCAGGACGUACAGGUGUCUGGCGGCUGUGCUCUCAGGACGUACAGGUGUCUGGCGGCUGUGCUCUCAGGACGUACAGGUGUCUGGCGGCUGUGCUCUCAGGACGUACAGGUGUCUGGCGGCUGUGCUCUCAGGACGUACAGGUGUCUGGCGGCUGUGCUCUCAGGACGUACAGGUGUCUGGCCGCUGUGCUCUCAGGUCGUUCAGGUGUCUGGCGGCUGUGCUCUCAGGUCGUACAGGUGUCUGGCGGCUGUGCUCUCAGGACGUACAGGUGUCUGGCGGCUGUGCUGUCAGGACGUACAGGUGUCUGGCCGCUGUGCUCUCAGGACAUACAGGUGUCUGGCGGCUGUGCUCUCAGGACGUACAGGUGUCUGGCGGCUGUGCUCUCAGGACGUACAGGUGUCUGGCGGCUGUGCUCUCAGGACGUACAGGUGUCUGGCGGCUGUGCUCUCAGGACGUACAGGAGGCUCUCCGGACACUGGUCCCUGAUGGUUCCUCUGGUGCAGGAGGCUCUCAGGACACUGGUCUCUGAUGGUUCCUUUGGUGCAGGAGGCUUUCAGGACACUGGUCUCUGA